GAUGGCGGUGUAAGUGUUAGUGAGUGUAGAUCCACUGAAGUGACACUCAGGGUGUUGUGCAGCAGCAACAUGGCGGCGGCGGCGGCGCUGGGGAUGAGGAUGAGGCUUGUCCAGACUUCAUUCCGGCCCGGUUCGGGCCACUGCUGUUUUUCUGCGGCUAAAUCAGUUCGUCUGCAUGCUACACGGCCUCUUCCAGAAAAGGUGAAGAUAGUAGAAGUUGGACCCAGAGACGGACUCCAGAAUGAGAAGACCAUCGUUCCAGCCGAGGUGAAGAUCCGUCUGAUUGACAUGCUCUCAGAGGCAGGACUUCCUGUCAUCGAGGCCACGAGUUUUGUCUCGCCUAAAUGGGUGCCCCAGAUGGCUGACCAGGAGGAAGUGAUGCGAGGCAUCAACAGGAAGCCUGGGGUGAAUUAUCCAGUGCUGGCUCCAAAUCUGAAGGGCUACAGAGCUGCUGUGAAGGCUGGAGCGAAGGAGGUGGCGAUAUUCGGCGCUGCCUCUGAGCUGUUCAGUAAGAAGAACAUUAACUGUUCUGUGGAGGAGAGUCUGCAGCGCUUCGAGGAAGUGAUGUCAGCAGCCAAACAGGAAGGAGUCCCUGUACGAGGCUAUGUGUCAUGUGUUCUGGGAUGUCCUUACGAAGGCAAAGUCUCACCACUGAAGGUAGCUGAUGUAGCGAAGCGUCUCUACGCGAUGGGCUGUUACGAAAUCUCACUAGGCGAUACGAUCGGAGUGGGAACGCCGGGCAGCAUGUCCGAGAUGCUGGAGGCGGUGAUGAAGGAGGUGCCGGUCGAUUCCCUGGCUGUUCACUGCCACGACACGUACGGGCAAGCGCUCGCUAACAUCCUGGUCGCUCUACAGAACGGCGUGAGCGUCGUGGACUCGUCAGUGUCUGGAUUGGGAGGCUGUCCGUACGCUCAGGGGGCUUCUGGAAACGUGGCUACAGAGGACGUUGUGUACAUGCUGCAUGGACUCGGCAUCCAUACGGGAGUAGACCUGCAGAAGCUGAUGGACGCCGGAUCGUUUAUCUGCCGCUCCCUCAACAGACGAACCGGUUCCAAAGUUGCUCAGGCUUCAUGUAAACUCUGACCUCAGCUCGAGUGUGGUUGUGUUUGUCCUCAUUGUGUUGAUUUUAAGCUCACUCUCUCUGAAUCAGCCAUUUCCUGCAAAAGAACAGGAAGUGUAACAAGUCCUGUCGAGCCUAAUGAUCAGAUGGACGCUAUUGUGUACGGUUUCCAGCUGAUACACACUUUCCAUUUGGGUCCAUGAUGGAAGGAAGCUGUAUGAAUCAGCAGCUUGUUUUUAGAAGACACUUGCACUUGGAUUUCUCAUGAAUAGGUUUAUAAAUAUAUAUACACACACAUUUAAUGUCUGUUUAUUAGGGAAUCAUGUAUAGAGACUGCUUCUUGUCUGGAAGCUUCAGAUUUGACAACCUGUGUGUGUGUGUGUGUGUGUGUGGCUACAGUCUGCUAUAAAUAUACAGACGCAAGUAUGUAAAGUGUCUGUCUGUCUUAUAAUCGGGGAAGCAGCUCUUCAGGGAAGUUCUUCUUGCAGCCUCGGUAUUUUCAUUUUCAACCUGAAAUCAUGAAAACGCAUAAUUUCCUGAUGAGGAACUUAGAUGAACAAUGAUUGCUCGAUUAGUGUUGUUUUAUCUUUUCUGUACAAAGUGCGAUUGUUAUCGGUUCAUCGUACCUGUUGAUCCAGUCCUACUUCGAGCCCUAAUAUGGUCCUGCAGAAGCUGCAUCCUAUCCAGAAGCCCUGACAUCAGUCACUUUUAAAGAUGUCUGUGGAGCAAAAUGUCAUCGCUGGCUCUCACGUUAAUAUUCCUUGGUAUUGCCAAGAUAUAACCACAACUACAGCCAAAACAAAUACAUGACCUGAAGUAUUAUGAAUACACACUCAGUGGCCGCUUUAAUAGGAUCAUGGUUGUUGAUUCUAAGAUCCCUGUUCUUGGCUGCAGCAGUGGAACCCAAUAUGUUCUUUCUCCUGUUGCAUGCUGAGAUGUUUUUUUUUGCUCACCACAGAUGUAAAGCGUGAUUGAGCGUUACUUUAUACUUCCUGGCAGCUUGAUCUGCUCAAUUUGGCCAUUUUCCUCUGACCUCUCUUAUCAACAAGGCGUUUGUUUCCACCCACAGAACUGUUGUUCACUCGAUGUUUGUUUGUGUUUAGCUCAUCCAGCUGUAAGCCAGCUCGGAUUAACGUAUGCGAUCACGUGUCGCCUGUCCAUCCACGAUUUACAAAAAUCGCUACUCCUCCGACAGGAUUUCGAUCAAACAGUGUUCCCCAGAUGUGUGUGUGUGUGUGUGUGUGUGCAUAAAAGUUGUCAAGACAGUGGCGCCAUCGGUCAUUUAUUCACGAUUUUAUGGACAUCUGAAGUUUUUGGGUGACUCGUCAUGUUAAACGCUAGGGCUGUAACGAUACACCCAACUCACGAUUCGAUUCGUAUUGCGAUUUUUGACCCACGAUUCGAUACACCCACGAUUUUUUUAAAAUGUGUUUUUAAAGUAGUAAAUUUGACUUAUUUACUUACUUACAUUAACUAUUUAAUAACAAAUAAUUCAGACCACUGCAGAGAAUGAGUAAUAUGUAUGCAAAAAUGAACAAAUGUAUAUCCAACGACUGUUUUAUUUCUCAAAAUAAUACUGUUGAGCCGGAAGCUCUGUUUUUUUCGGUUCUGAAAGUCAUUUUUCCAAAUCGUGUAAAUCCGUUAAGAUUUUUUUUUGGGGGGGGUGGCUCUCUCACUGUCUCACUCUCAUAGGGCCAAUGAUUUUCUGUGAUCGCGGAAAACAGAUGGAAAUUACGGAAUUUUUAUGGUGAAACGUUGCUCGCGUGUCAAAAUGUAACUGCCGCAGAAGGCUUCCGCCCAAGCAGACAUGCCUUCAGUGUUGCCAGAUAUUGCUAACGUUUUCCACCCCAAAAUAUGUUCAAAACCAGCCAAAAAGCACCUAAACCUGCCCAAUCUGGCAACACUGCAUGCCUUUCCGGUCAAGUGAUUGUGAUUGGCUUGUGGCACACCUAGCCAGCCAACGAGCUGCUUGUUUACAGAUUCGCUCCCCGCGUCGCAACCAGAAUGGCGACUGCUUAAAAGAAAUGAAUGCUCUGCCAGUGGCGAGUGCGGACGUUGCGUGACUCGCAGAAGAUUGUCGCAGGUCGGCGAAAAAACGACUUACUAAUAGAUAUAAAAAAAUAAAAGUAAUUUAAGUAAGUUUAAAAUGUAAUUUAAAUAAAAAGUAAAGUAUUCAUAAAUUGAAGUUUGGAAGCACCUCUGUUUUUGGGCUGAGGAGAAGUUUGAAAGGGUGUACCGCGAUUCUGCCUUCUUGUAUCGCGAUACGGAUCGUGGCUCUGCGUAUCUCGAUUUCGAUACGCAUAUUGUUACAGCCCUAUUAAACGCUACUCUUCGUAAACUGCUUGGGCAUUUUCACUGAAACGCGCCCAGAAGACUCUAACAACACAUUCCAGCAAGAAUUGUUCACCAGGUGGUGCCACCUACCAUGGAUGCAGCUACACAAGAGUCCUAUGCAAUUUCAAACUCGCACGCAACAGUAUGAGCGACAGCCUCAUUGAGGCUAUUUUUUGUUUUCUGCACCAUUUUGUCUGUGUAAACUCUAGAAACGGUUGUGUGUGAAAACCCCGGGAGAUCGGCUGUUUGUGAAAUACUCACUCAAACCAACACUAGGGUGCAUCAGUUGCCCUCACUUUCAUAAAAUCUGAUGCAUUUGUGUUUGGGUGUUCCUUUUCACCAAUAAAGACAUCCUGUAAAAUUUUUUGACCAUAUUCAAAAGUCUAAUGGUGGCACCAUGAGGUUCUUUUUUUUUUUUUUUGCCAAAAAACGCUUAUUUUAUGUUUUCACAUAAGGUUUGAAUCACAAUGUUGGACUCCAUUUAUUGAUUUCUUGUGACCCAGAGAUCAUGUUAAGAACCUUUGCAAGGGAUUGAGAAGCAUUAAUGUGAUUCAUAAUACAUUUGUAUUGUUUAAAAGUAGUUGAACAAUCGAUUCAAUGAACAGCUAAAACUCAAACUGUGCUUGAUAAUAUAUUUAGAAUAUGUACUAAAAAUGUGUAUCUAAGGCCCCGGUCACACCGCCCGAACUUUGCUGAAGCGUUCCUUGAACGGUAGGGAGGGGGGGCCGAAUUUCGACAACGCUAGUCACCGCGCACAAAAUGGGAAAAAAAUCGAAAACACGGGCGUUGGCUUAGCGGUGCACCGCUGAAGCCGGCGUUGCUUUAGCGUUAGUUUAGCGGUAGCGAGCGUUGGUUUAGCAGUGACGCAAGCGUUGGUAUAGCGGCGUUCUGCGCAUGCGGGCUUUGGCUCGGCGGGGGUAUAAAGUUGGUUUAGCACCAAUCAUAGCAAGUCUCUCAGCAUCCAUGGUGAUACAGUUUUACUGUAACUUUGAGCAAAUUCGAUAUAGAUGAGGUCUGAACUCAACGGCAGCUCGAUUCCAAAUGAGCUCCUGGUCCAUUUCUCCCCGUAUUUAUAGCCAAAUUCUGGUCCCGCUCUGACACCUCUAUAACAACGCCAAACCAAAGUUCAUCGCCGCCAUGGAUAGCUGCUUCAACGCCCGACACCGUUCCAGCAACCCCGUGUCCGCUCGUAAAACGCUUACAACUGCUCCACCGAAGUUUGUGCAACGUUUAAUCGCUGCCCGGGCAACGCUGGCGAAGCAGCGGUGGUCCAGCGUUCAAGAUUUCUACGUUGGCCUAGCGGACCCAAGCGUCCACGAACUUGCGUCUAGCGGUGCCAAACUUUGACUGGGCGUUGGUGGUGCGGGGGUGAACUUUGCCGGGGCGGAAAAUUGCCCCCUCCUCACCGCUCGCAAUAUUUUGUGCAGCUCAAAACUUUCGGAGCGGUAGGAGGGCCCCUCGAGAAACAUCAGCGGUGGCCGAGCGUAUACGGCGUUGCUUUAACGGGGGCCAACUUUUGUUAAACGGUGGUGAACGGUUACGAGCGGUGAUGAAUUUUUUUUCACCGCUCCAGGAACGCUCCAGCAAAGUUCGGGCGGUGUGACCGGGGCCUUAGAUAUUUGGUAUACUCUAUAAGGUGCCAUAAUGUUUCAUGAAAAGUGAUCGAAAUUUUGUCAUAAAAGUCAUAAAAUAGCAGCUUUUUCCAUAACUUUGAGCUCCUGGUGCCACCAUUAAACUUUUGAAUUUUGUCAAAAUAUUUCACCCAGUGGCGGCACGGUGGUGUAGUGGUUAGCGCUGUUGCCUCACAGCAAGAAGGUCCGGGUUCGAGCCCCGUGGCCGGCGAGGGACUUUCUGUGUGGAGUUUGCAUGUUCUCCCUGUGUCCGCGUGGGUUUCCUCCGGGUGCUCCGGUUUCCCCCACAGUCCAAAGACAUGCAGGUUAGGUUAACUGGUGACUCUAAAUUGAGCGUAGGUGUGAAUGUGGGUGUGAAUGGUUGUCUGUGUCUAUGUGUCAGCCCUGUGAUGACCUGGCGACUUGUCCAGGGUGUACCCCGCCUUUCGCCCGUAGUCAGCUGGGAUAGGCUCCAGCUUGCCUGCGACCCUGUAGAACAGGAUAAAGCGGCUAGAGAUAAUGAGAUGAGAUGAGAUUUCACCCAGUGUGUUUUCUUACCAAAAGGAACAUAACAAAAAUGCAUCAUGAUCGGAGGAACUUUUCAUUUUUAGGGGGCAACUGAUGCACCCUAACCAACACCCAUGCUACAAUGAAAGAAAGUCACACUAUGAGACCCCCCCCCAUCAUUCUGUUGUUUGAACAUUAGGAACAUUAAUUAACUGAAGCUCUUGAUUUGUAUCUGCGUGAUUUUACGCAUCGUGCUGCUGUUGAGGGAUCGGCUGAUUUUUAGAGAACCGCAUCAAACAGCAGGUGUUCCUAAUAAAGUGGCCACCAGAUGUAUAAGAUCUUGCACCCUGAAAGCACAGCAUAAUCUGCUAAAAUGCAAGUUGCUAAUGCGCCGUUUUAAGAAAAAUAAACAACCACAAGGAAUACUUUUUACACCUGGCAAAUUCUCAAUUCUGAUUGGUCAGAUUGGGGCGACUUUUUAAUUUUCUUUAACAGCAGGUUUACAUUUGUUUUUGUUUAUCGCAGGUUUGUAUUUACACAGGUUACAUGUGGUACAUCUACCGAACGUCUAACGAGAGAAAAGGCGAGGCUCAUGAGGUUGCGAGUGUUUAGAGCUGAUGUAACGUAAGCAAGGACGGGAAGUAAUGUUUCCUGGAUGUUUCACAACACUAAAUGUAACUAUAAAUGGAUAAAAAGUUUAAAAAAAAUUUGUUGGAGGACUGGAAAAAUCAUGGCAAACCUAUGCUAGGUUUUCUUCUCUAAAAGAAGAGAGAAGGGUUAAUUUUUUUUUUUUUUUAAUAAAACAGCCUGCUGAAGAGACGCAGCAGGAUGGACUUUGCUGUGCUGUUUUGUUUAAUUUAUUUGUACUUGUUUGCGGUUCUCACAGCCUGAUGAAAGACAGACGCUUCAUGCCACUGAUGUAACGUCGGACGAAAGUUUGUCUACACACGCACGAAUGUAAUUUCCUCUCUGUGUACGGAUCUUCAGUAUAUAUCUAAUCGAAUGAUUGAUUUUAUAAAUUAAUGACUUUUUAAUUUACUUCUGUACAUUUGUGUCUAUACAUCAUGUACUGACUUGAUGGUGUUUUCAAAUAAAUGGUGGUUUAUGUCAUAAAA